GGAUGUUCUGAAAUCAAGUCAUUUAGGCCACCUUGCACUUUUCCUGAUGCGAGUAGCGCAUUUGCUCACACUCCAAGUUAUAGGACAAAAGCGCCAUUUAACGUCACUCUGAUUUUGGGUGAUUAAUCACGCUACAUGUCCUUUGCGCAUGGCGUUCAUCUCAGCUGGUGUUCUGUACAUGCGUGGAAUUGGACCAUCGGAAUUCCUAUGAAUCAACCGCACCAGUACACUGAAAGACGAUAUUUGAUUAUGCAACGCAAAAAAACGUCGAGGCGACAAGUGGCAGGACAUCUUCUAGGAAAAUUGAGUCUGGCACUGCAAUAUAUGGGAUACCUACUUGGUACCUGCACACAGGCUCAGCGUAUCAAUCAGACUAGCAAAUCUACAUUCUCAGAAGCUCCUCGAGGCUUCUCAUCUUCCCAAAUGCCCUCCGUCCCAGUGGUUUCGUGCGCAGUUUCUGCGCUCGACUGGGGUUUCGUUGCCUCAUUCAUAUUUUUCUUCGUAAGAGCAUUUCGAUAGGUGCUUCUUGAGGCGAGCAGCCCGAGAGCGCCCAUCACGAUUGCGUGUGCUCCAGCAUAGAAUGCAUAGUACUUAAUUUCGGGCUCUCUAUGAGCGAGGUGCAGGAAAACAAUCCCCAUGCUACAGCGAGUUCGCAAAGUCAGAAGCUACACGCGAGAAUAUUCACAAUUCUCCACGGAAGGUACUCACCAAAGCAUUGCCGCGGCGCGGAGGCUACA